AUGGCCGCGCUGCUCUUCGCUCUCGCGUCUGCCUCGUUCCUCCACCCCACCGUCCCGAUUCGCGCCUUCACCACUCGGUCCGUCCAGCGCGCCUCCGUGCCGCUGGCGCUCAACACUGGAUCGUACCGCAUUCUUUCGCCGUGCACAGACGAGAGCGUGCUGGAGGCGCUAGUGGACGGCAGCAGUAGUGACACCACCGGUCACUGGGUGGUGAUCAUGCCCGGCCCUCUCUCGCUUGGACCUCCGCCCGACUCGCAAGUCGUGCCGGAGUUCAUCGCCAGCUAUGACAAGCCGGUUAGAGACGGCGAGGUGCCACUCGCCGCCGGGCGGCUUCGGAUCGGCGCGCGGAUGGUCGAGCGCUUCUCCUGCAGCCUGCCCAAGGAGGACCCGCGACACCUGGAGCUUCUCGGCCUCGUGCUCGACUCUCUGCUCCUCGCGUGGCUGCGGGCGCCUUCCAAGACACUUCCGCGACAGUUCCGAUCCGAGGCCGCUCCGAGACAGCUCCUUGCCUGGCUGCAGGCGCUACCGACGGCGGCGGCCGGUUUCGAGGAGCUGGGCGCCGCCGCCAACCUGCACUCUGCCGCGGCGCGGGCGGCAGCCCAGCGCAUCCUUGACGCACUCAGGGCGCAGGAGGCGCCCGCCGGCGGCAGCGGCGAGGCCGCACCGCCGGUCGCCGAGGACGACGAUCCGUGGUCCGCGAUGCGCGCUAGCUCGGGGUAUUGA